CACGUCUCGCCUCCGCAUCCACAAUCUUCCUCACUGCGACAACACAGCAUCCACACACCAUGCCGGAAUCACGCUCGAAGGAGCACCUGGUGUGGAUCGACUGUGAGAUGACAGGCCUGAACAAAGACAAAGACACCAUCAUGUCGCUCGCGUGCUACAUCACCGACUACGAGCUCAACCUCCUCGACGACACCGGCUACGAAGCUGUGAUCCACCACACGAAAGAGCAAUUGGACCAAAUGGGAGAGUGGUGUACAGAUCAUCACGGCUCCUCAGGACUCACACAACAGUGCCUCGACAGCACCACCACGGCCGAACAAGCCUCGGAAGAGCUGCUAGCAUACAUCAAAAAGUAUUGCCCAGAACGCAAGAAAGCUCUACUGGCAGGGAACACUGUACAUGCGGAUAAGGUCUUCCUCAGUCAAGAACCGUGGAACCCGGUUGUGAGACACCUACAUCACAGGAUAUUCGAUGUCAGCGCGAUCAAAGAGGCGGCGAGGAGGUUUGCGCCGGAAGAGGUGCUGAAGAAGAGUCCGUGGAAAGCGGGAAAGCAUAUGGCAAAGGAGGACAUACUGGAGAGUAUCGAGGAGGCCAGAUGGCAGAGGGAUACGUUCUUCGCGCCGAAGACGAGCGUCGCCGCGGGUGCUGGGUGA